AUGUCAUACAGCCCCAGCAUUCUCGACAUUGGAGAACUUAACAGAUUUGUAUUUGAUAAUGUUGAUUCUCAAAUCACAACUCCUUUGAACGAAGUUGAUCAGACAGAAAUACAAGAGCCCAAUUCUGAGGAUCUACAGGAGGCAAACUACAAAACGUAUUUUGAAAACUUAACAAAUCAGCAACAUUUACCAGUUAAAGACUCUCAGAAUAAUCAAGCUCAAAGUUCCAAGAAGACUAAAAAAAGGAAGCUGGACACAUCUUUGUCUUAUGUUAUUCGAAAUGAACCAGGAAAAUGUCAUCAUUUGAUAAAUAUAGCAGUUUAUGAUCUGAGUGGUGACACUGUUCCAGGAAUUAAUUACUGUGAAAAUAAUAAUGCUCGUGUAAGUGUUCAGUACCUAGUGAAAGACUAUUGUGAUGAUAUUAUGGAUGAAAUUGAAUAUUUGAUAGGUAAAAUAGUAAAAAAAAUUAGCUUGUCUAAUCAACAGUAA